AGCAAGAGCACCAGGAGCGGAGGCAGGGACGUGGUGAUAAGCCCGAUCCAGUUAUAAAAAGGGAGGUUUUGGGAUCGACCCACCACGAUUUUUCCACCCACCCCUGGAUGUCCAUGGGCGUCAGAGGGAACGAGGAGGGAAACUGAGGCAGAGAGGAGCCUGCUGUGAUGGGCAGGAUGGUGCUGCUCCCCACCUGGCUGGCUCUUUUCUGUGGCCUGUCCACUGCCACUUUCCGCGGCAGGGAGUUCCUGGCCGUCAUCCCACAGAAUGACGACGAAGGCUCCAGCGCCUCCAUCCAGCUCCUCCUCACCGCUUACGCCGACUCCACCACGGUGACGGUGACGACGCCGCGUGGCACCUUCGCCGGCACCGUCACCCUCAGCCGAGACAAGACCUUCUCCCUCCGCGUCCCAAGCACCAUGGAACUUGUCGGCAGCCGCCUCUCCGAUAAAGCCAUCCUCAUCCAGUCCACCAAGGACAUCUCCGUCGUCACCCUCAACGCCAAGGCCCAGACUGCCGGCGCCACCGCCAUCUUGCCGGUGGAUAAACUGGGCAACAGGUAUUACGUGGUGACACCGGUGGGAACCCGCAGCAGUGGCUUGAAGGAAUUUGCUGUGGUGGCCGGGAAGACUCCAACCUCCAUUUCCAUGAAGGUCACAGGCACCUUCUACUACAGAGGGAGGAAUUACUCCCCCGGCACCGUCCUCCGCAUACCCUUGAGCCCCUACCAAAGCCUCCAACUGCAAAGCACCCAAGAUUUAUCCGGCUCUGAAAUCACGUCUGACCAGGCCAUUGCGGCCUUCAGUGGACACUGCUGCGUCCAGACAUCCAGGAACUGCGAUUAUGUGGUUGAGCAACUUCUGCCCGUCCAGGCCUGGGGGACGGCCUACGUUGUCCCCCCCAACCCCUUGCAGAAGAAAAUAGACUUCGCCUAUGUCGUGGCGGCCCAGAGAACCUCCAUCACCUACAACAGGGGGAACGUGGCUUCCACUGAAAACAUGGAGGCGGGGGGCAUCCGCGUCUUCGAGGUCAACGAAAACUCACCGCUCUAUGUCAGUGCCUCGGCCCCUAUCCAGGUGCUUUUCUUCUUCACUGGCAACAAGAAAGGCUCCUACGUGCAAGACUCCUUCCUGGUCACCAUCCCACCCAUCUCCGCUCACUGCACGUCCUACCGCCUCAGCAGCCUGGAUGAGUACAGUAACCACGCGGUCCUCGUUGCCCCUAACGCAGAUGCCAGGACCAUUACCCUCAACCAGAAGGUGAACAGGGCCAUGUCCUGGACGGCCAUUCCCGGCACAGACUUCUCCUGGGCCACCAUCGCCAUGGGCACCAGGAUGAAAAUCCAGAGUGCUGAGCACCAGCAGACACCCUUUGGGCUCCUGGUCUUCGGCUUCCGGCCCUACACCGGUUACGGUUUCACCGGUCUUUGCGCCACACCUUCUGCUAUGUCUUCCUGUCAAGACUGGGGCUGCAGGGACGAGUGCACGUUGGUGGAUGGGCAACACACUUGCCACCAAGAAACCUUCUCGACCUGCUGGGUCACCGGCGAUCCCCACUACCAAACCUUUGAUGGGAAAAGCUUUGAUAUCACGGGCACGUGCACCUACACCUUGACCAAGACCUGCGAUUCGGAUCCCACCCUGCCUGUCUUCAACAUCGAGGCGAAAAAUGAACACAGAGGUGUCCCGAAAGUCUCCUGUAUCAGCUCCAUGACCAUCCGUGUCUAUGAUGUGACCAUCACCGCGGUCAGGUCCGAGAACGGGAUUGUGAGGGUGAACAACCAUCAGUCCCACCUUCCUAUCUCCCUGGCCGAAGGGAGACUCCACCUGCAGCAGAAGGGCAAGUCCCUGCUGAUCCAAACUGACUUCGGCCUGAAGAUCCUCUACAACUGGGAUGACCGCAUGGUGAUGAAGCUGCCCAGCAGGCUCGCUGGCAAAGUGUGCGGCAUGUGCGGCAACAGCAACGGUGACCCCAGCGAUGACUCCCUCAUGCCCGACGGCAACUUGGCGCGGGAUGCCACGGAGCUGGCCCGCAGCUGGAGGGUGGCCAAGGAGAGCCACCACUGCUGGGACAGCUGCAGCGGGCAGUGCAGGCAUUGCCCAUGGGACAAGAAGGUGAAGUACCAGGGUGAGACAUUAUGCGGGUUGCUCACCCAGAGCGUGGGGCCCUUCAGGAACUGCCACACCACCGUCAGCCCCACCAUCUACCUGAAAAACUGCAUCUCGGACCUCUGCAUGACUGAUGGGCUCCAUGUCAUGUUGUGCCGAGCCCUCGAAGCCUACGCGGCCGACUGCCAGGAGGAGGGGAUCACCAUCCCUGAUUGGAGGAUGCUGGCGCGUUGUCCUCUCUCCUGCCCAAAGAACAGCAAUUACACCACGUGUGGCCCUGCCUGCCCCACCACCUGCAACGCCGCCGCAGUGCCCACCGAGUGCAACACCUCGGCUUGUGUGGAGACCUGUGAGUGCCACGAGGGCUUCGUGUUGGAUGGCAACGAGUGCAUCCCCCAGAGUGAGUGCGGCUGUGUCUUUGAGGGCCUCCUCUACGGCCUCCACGAGGAGUUUUGGGCAGACAACACCUGCACCAAACGUUGCGUCUGUGACGAGCAACACCAGAAGGCCGUAUGCCACCGGGCCAGCUGCCACGCUGAGGAAGAGUGCCGGGUGGAGGAUGGCAUCCGGGGUUGCUACCCCAAGAGAUAUGGGACCUGUGCCGCGGUUGGCGCCACCCACUACAAAAGCUUUGACGGUGCCAAGUUCAUCUUCCAGGGCACAUGCAUGUACCAGCUGACAGGGUUGUGCAAGAAGACCCAAAGUCUGGUGGACUUCCAGGUGCUGGUGCAGAAUGGCCGCCAUGAUGCCCAACUUCUGGGCUCCAUCACUCUCGUCUUGGUCAAAGUCUAUGGCAAAAACAUUGAGAUCAGCCAGAAACACCCCGGCAAAAUCACGAUCAAUGACCAGUUGGUCAACCUACCGUAUCGCCACAAAGACUGGAAGAUCUCCAUCUACAGAGGUGGGCAGGAAGUGGUAGUAGAGACGGACUUUGGCCUCACCGUCACCUACGACUGGCAAAGCCAAGUCACCGUGUCAGUGCCGGGCAUUUACGGAAACGCCCUGUGUGGCCUCUGCGGGAACUACAAUGGGGAGGUGGGUGAUGAUAUGAUGACGAAGAACAACCAAGUGAUAUCAAACCCGGACGCCUUCGGGCACAGCUGGAAGGUGACCGACAAACAGGGUUGCGUCGAGCUGUCGAAGGUGACGUGUCCUACCACCACGGCAGGGACGAGUUGUGAGAUCAUCAUGGAAGCGGAUGGACCCUUCAGAGCUUGUCACACUCAGGUGGACGCCAUCACAUACUUCCAAGCCUGCACUCAUGAUUCCUGCCUCUUCCCGGACCAGGAAGAUGUGAUAUGCCAGAUUAUCGCCCGCUACACCGCUGCCUGCCAGGCUGCUGGCGUCACUGUCGAGAAAUGGAGGACAGAUGGUUUCUGCAGUAUUUCAUGUCCUGCCCACAGCCACUACGAGAUCUGCGCCCAGGACUGCAGCGCGACUUGCAGCAGCGUCUACGCCCCCAUGAAGUGCUCACAGCAGUGCAGGGAGGGCUGCGUGUGUGAGAAGGAGUUCGUGUUCAGUGGCGAUGAGUGCAUCCCCAUCUCCCAGUGUGGCUGCCUGCAUCGGGGCUUCUACUACAAGGUGGAGGAGACCUUCUUCCCCACCAAGCAGGAGAAAUGCCACUGCCGGGUUGGUGGCACCGUGGAAUGCGAGGAAGUUUCUUGCCCUGGCGGUGCUGAAGGCAAAGUUGUUGAUGGUGUCUUACAAUGCCCAUCGGCUGAGCUCGGGGUCUGCGUGGCCACCGGUGACCACAACUAUCUCUCCUUCGAUGGGGUGGCUUUCAACAUCUCAGGCACCUGCUCCUACAUCCUCACAGAGACCUGCGGUGCAGACGAUAUUGAACCGUUUGUUGUGAAAAUCAAGAAGGAUGCCCGGCAGAAGAGGAAGGUCUCUGGCAUCCAAGCGUUGUCCCUUGAAGUCUAUGGGCUCACACUGACCUUGACGAAAGGCAAGACGGGAGCUGUCAUGGUGAACUCCAUAUCCUACCACCUCCCGGCCAUUCUGAACGAGGGGCAGGUCCAGGUGCACCAACAUGGGACGGGCGUCCUGCUUCAGACUGACUUCGGCCUCGUCCUACGCUAUGACUUCCACCACCACGUGACGGUCACAGUCCCUCAGGGCUACCAGGGCCACCUUUGCGGGCUCUGUGGCAACUACAACGGGCAACUCAAUGAUGAUUUCCUCCUCCCCAGUGGCCAAAAUGCCCCUGACAUGAAAGCCUUUGGCUCUGCCUGGAAAAUGCCUGAUGUGCCUUGCAGCGAUGACUGCCCCAGGGAUGACUGCCCUGCCUGCACGGUGCAGAAGCGGGUGGUCCUCCAGAAACCAAACUACUGCGGCAUCCUCACGGUCCCAAAGGGCCCCUUCGACUCCUGCCACAAUAUCAUUGACCCAACCCUCUAUUUCCAAGCCUGCCUCCACGACCUCUGCCUCACUGAAGGGGACACCCAUGUCCUCUCCCAGAGCAUCCAGAGCUAUGCCACCGCUUGUCAAGACGCUGGCGUCAUCAUCGACGCUUGGAGAAGACCGCCCUUCCGUCCCCUCAGCUGUCCGGCCAACAGCAGCUACUCUCUCUGCUCCAACCUCUGCAUCAACAGCUGUGCAGGGCUGGUAGAUGCCUCCAAAUGCCCCAAAACCUGCGUCGAAGGCUGCCGCUGCGAUGAAGGGCUCGUCUUUGAUGGGCAAAGCUGCGUUUCUGAGGACAAAUGUGGAGGUUUUGUGGAUGGGAGAUACUACAAGCCCUAUGAAACGGUCUUGAAGGACAACUGCCAGCAGCGCUGCGUGUUUGUCCCCAGCAAAGGCUUGUCCUGCAGCAGCCAUAGCUGCACCAACGACGAAUCUUGUGAAAUCCGGGAUGGGAUCUUGGGUUGCUUCAAUCAAAGUAAGGAAAGAUGGGGUUGCUUGAGUGGAAAAAAAAGAAAUCAAAAGGGAUCUUGAAGCCAGAGCAGAUCCUGGGGCUGGGCUGGGUGUUUAAUUUUGGGGUGCAAACCCUCCAGCAAGGGGAGACAGAGGUGAGAGAUCCCUCCUCCAACCCUGAGAAGGGGCCAGGGAUGUGGUGGGAAAAAUUUGGAGGAGCAAAAUGCUUCAGAAAAGCCAUCCCUUGGCUUUGCAUUCACUCACGUGUCCUGGUUGAACCGUGGUGGUAUCUGGUUCUUGAAGGAUGCGUGGGAGCUAGGGUAAGGAUGAACCCAACCUCAAGAUGUUUUUCCAAGGAACGGAGAGGUAAAAGACAGCUGAAAAGGGGAAAAUUGGGUUCAGUGAUGGAUUAUUGUUGCUCUGAUUUAUGUCUUGGAGCCACCAAUCUCCUGCCAAAGCCCAAGGGGGAGCAGAGGGACACGUGGUGGAACCUCAGCCCUGGUGAAGAUGCUUGGCUUGCAGGGAUGGCAUGGGAUGUGCCCCUCACCAGGACACCUCCCAUGGUUUCUCCCAUGGUUUCUCCUCUUUCCAGACCCCUGCAAAGCCCUUCAGUGCCGGCCCAAGGAGAGGUGUAAGGUGAAGGACGGCCAAGUCAAGUGUGUCCCAUCCCAGGUCAA